GGUUCUGAUUAUGAACUUGCUCGAAGUUGGAAGAAGGAAACUAAACCCGUCAGUGGACCGUCGGUUCACAUUCGCAAAGUCAAGGCGGAUAACUCAUUAAUCGGGAUCAAUAAUGGAUCUUUCGACGUUAAUAGAAAGCCAAAGAAAUCGAAUAGAAAACGAAAAUCAGUAUGUUAUACUUUAAGUUCAGAGGAAGAAGAUCAUUCAUCGGAUCAAGACUACACGGAGAAACCAAAGAGAGAGAAGUUACGGAGAAAAAUGUACUCUUCCGCUCCAGUUGACAAUUCUGAGAAGGUUCGAGAUUGGUUACUCUUACCUGAUGAUUACUUUUUCUAUGAUCUAAAACCUCUACCAGAGGACAUAGACGAAGUCAUU